UCCUGCGGAUUGGAAGCUGCGAUGCCGUUCAGCCACUGCCCCUUGCCGGACCUGAGGUCGAGGAUGGAGGGUGUCGUCCCUAUCAGGGACGAAGAGCUGAGCACCGUGCUGGAUCUGGUCCUCUCCAUGGGCAGCAGCGACAACAGCCUCACCUCGGACCUGCCUCGGGGAGAUUACGCCAGGCCGGACGAUUUUUACGGGAUGCAUUCGGCGGCCGGAUACUACAGUCCGAUGGGGACUCGCACGCCGACUCCCUACAGCCCCGUUUUCUCUGCCGAGAUGGAUCCCGCCGAGCUGGAAGCGGGAAAUUACGCCCACGGGCAUUUCUUCGUGGGCUGUAGCUCGCCCUUCGUGGACAGUGUUAAACCGGAACCCGACGUGGACACUUACGAGCCUCCGCCGGGCCUGGGCUCCCAGGUUUGCCCCAACAUCAAGCGGGAGACCGCCCCGGCGCCCUGUAUGCUGUCUGGCUCUCCCCAGCUGCCUUGUGCAGAGACCCCCCCAAUGAGCCCGGAUGACCUGCUGAUGGCCUCCAAGCGCCACGGACAGUUGAUGCCUCUCACCCCGCAGGGCUACCACCCAGCCUUUCCCCAGCCUCAGUACCCCCAGAGAGGCUCCCCUUAUGGACUCUUUGAUGAGAGCCUCCCCUGCCAGGCCUCGGCCUCCAGGACCCUUCUCACCCCACCUGCCUCCCCCCUGGAAAUGCUGGAAACCAAAACGAAGAGGGGACGCCGCUCUUCGUCCCGCAAACGGACUGCCACGCACACUUGCACUUACGCUGGCUGUGGAAAAACCUACACCAAGAGCUCCCACCUGAAGGCACACCUUCGAACUCACACAGGUGAGAAACCUUACCACUGCAACUGGGAAGGGUGCGGAUGGAAAUUUGCUCGCUCAGAUGAACUGACCCGCCAUUAUCGGAAACAUACUGGGCAUCGUCCCUUCGAGUGUCACCUGUGUGACCGGACCUUCUCCCGUUCUGACCACCUGGCAUUGCACAUGAAGAGACACAUGUAGUUUUCUCACCCUUGUGGCGUGACCUGAAGAACUCUGGGGAUGGGGGGGAAAUCUUGUAGCUGGUACUACUAUGUCUGUCGAUGGAAAGACUUGGAAUGAACCCCGACCCGAGGAAGCCAGUCUUUCCAGUGCUUCCUGAAGAGGCCAAGAACCUGACUGACUGGUCUUCUGCCAUGGAAGAACAGGACUUAUUUAUAGGAUGGAGAAGAGACCAAACUGGGCGAUUGCAGCUCUGAGAUCAAAAGCAGACAGCACUUGAAAGAACUGCAAUGUCUACCAUGAACAACACGUGGAAGAGUACAUAUUUAACCUUACAACCAAAUGCAUAUUAUUUCACCCAAUAAUUUCCCCAAUUGCUACUUUUGGCUGCGAAACUUGGGACUCUGAAAAAGGCAGAAAAAAUGGGGAUGCCUUUAAACUGGGGUGCUGGAGGUGACUAUUAUGCAUCCCCUAUACACAAAAAUAACAAAGAAAUCCUAGACUGACCCUCACCAAAAAUAUUACUUGAAACUGAGAUUGUCAAACACGAGGCUGUCAUAUUUUGGUCAUGUCAUCACAGCUGACACACUCGAAAUGUCAAUUGUGCUAAGAGUGAUCAGCAGAAAAAAAGAGGGGCUGCCCCAGCACCUGCUGGCUGGCUACUAUAAAAGAUGACAGAGAUGACCAUGGCAGACCUGAGGGACGCAGUGAUGAUCCAGAGUGGCUGAGGGUCAAAACAGCUGCAUGGCUGACAAUGACAGAGAAGAGACAAAGGGCUGGCUAUAUGUACAUAGCUGACCAUGCUCAAAACAUAAGCUGUAUUUGAGGACUGUAAGAGGUUUACUGUAGCCAAAAACAAAAACUUACUUUCUGAGACAGGAGGUUCUCACUGAGAACAUGCCAAAUCUAUGCUGUACACUCAAAGUGUGCACUCAAGGUGCCUUAAACUAGAACUACUGGGAUACAGGUCCUGUAAAUAAACUUGCCUUUGGACCGGAAUUGUAUAAAUAUUGUAAAUAGUUCUAUAAUGAAGUUGGAAUAUAAACAGGAGACAAAAUAGGUUUUUUUUCUCUGCCUAUUCUUUUGUUUUAAAUAAAUUUUCUGAAAGCUGUUAAAAAAAACUUUUCUAAAAUAAAAUAAAU